AUGUUAGGUUAGUAGUGUCAGUUGAUACAGCUGACCCAGCUGUCAUGUAUUCGCGAGAUGUUUAUGUGCAUUUAAAAAAGUGAAUAAUGGUUUAGAAUAAUUCAAAAUCUAGUGAAAUAGUUUUAUUUAGAAACAUGGUUAAUACGGAAUAUUUAUAUUCCUUAUUUAUCAUUACACUUGGUGUCCUUGUGGCUAUUUGUUACAGCAUCGUUUGGGCUGUUGUUGUUAUCAUCCUCUAUAAUAUUGGUCGUUUCUGGGGUGAAAAAAUAAUAGAACGUGUUAACUUGUUAUUGAAAUUUAAUAAAAAAUUUAAUACUGAUAAGUCUGAUAGCAAUAAAAAAUGCAAAGUAUGCUGUGGUGAUAAUUGUAAUAGACAUAAACCGUCUAUUAACAAUAGCCAUGUUAAAAUUCCAAAGGAUCUGGACUCUGCACUGCAAAACCUAUUGGAAAAAGUUUUGCAGACUUAUGUAUGUACCUGGUACUCAAACUUUUCAUCAAACGAAGCAUUUGUACAGCAAUUACGUCUCACAACAACAAUAGCUAUUAGAAAUUUAAUCGGACGGCUUCUCGAUGCCCAAGUGUCCGAAUUAAUAUUCAAUAAUUUAAUUCCCAUCGCGCUGCAGCAUGCCCAAGACUGGCGCGUCAUGGCAGAAUUUGCCGAUAAAAAAGGCGGCAAACCCGAAGAUUAUGCCCGUGAUUAUUUAGGACACAGAAUACACCCGGCAGCUUAUUCACGCGAUCAAGAAUUGAAUUAUCUCAGAGGUCUAGUCACUGGAUUGUUGCCUUAUUUACUACCCAGUACUUAUGUAUCAACUAAUAAUAAGGUCUUAUUGCGUGAGAUUUUAGCUAAUUGGGUUCUGCUGCCUGCAAUAGAUGCGUUGGCAGAUCCAGAUAAUAUUAAUUUUCUAGUUAAAUUAGGGACUUCCUGUGAAGUACUCUUACCAAGUGAAAUUGAUUCUGUGAACGUGCCAGUAUUGCAAACAUGGAUAACGCCUGUUAUUACCAUUCAAACAAAUGAUGAUCCACUAAAACCUUCUUUGGAUCAAGUACUGAACGAUCCGCAGCUUCUUUAUUUAUUUAUGCAACACAUUAAAGAAACUGGGCCCGUUAAUCUCUUACAAUUUUGCCUCGAUAUCGAUGAUCUCAGUAAACGAAUGUUGAAUCCUGAAAUAACUCGUGAAAUAGAAGAAAAUUUGUACUUGGAUGCUCAGAAUAUUUAUUCUACUUACUUAGACCCCAAUAGCAGCGAGUACAUACACUUACCUUGGCACAUAACUCUGGGUUUGCAGCAAAUACUCGAAGGUGGACCGGGUAAAAUACAAGAACUGAGAACAUCUAGGCCACUGUACCAAGCACAUCAAGAAGCACACACACUUCUUGAAGCCAUUUGUUUGCCAUCAUUUCACCACAGCUAUGAACUAUACAAACUGCUCUGCGGAUCUCCAUCCACAAACUUACCGUCGAAACCGUCGUCACAAACGGGAUUGUCUGGUAACAGCGGAGUCGGACAGAAAUUAAGCUAUCAGAUUAGUAAAAUACGAAGCGCCUUGCGUGCAUCGACUGUCGAUGGCGCGACAUUUGAGGCCCCGGAUGUUUUCAAUGCCGAAGAAGUUGACUGCACGCCGCGCUCUUACCAAGACGACAGUGCGCUGUGCAUUGAUAAGGCCAAUAAUCGCGAUUUAACAGCUUGGCGGGUUACUGUACCCCAUGUUGAUGGAGGUGGUACUCAUCCUUUGUACAUGAUUGCAAUUCACAGUUCUGCUGACAAUAAAUCUUGGAGCGUGUUGCGCAAAGAUCAAGACUUCCAUACUCUCAGAUCACGUUUACUGGAAUUUCAUGGCGAUCGCGAGAUGAAUGACUCUCCGCUGCCGACGCGAAAAAAUCAAUAUGUAUCUCUGGCUGCUAAUCGGCAACGCUAUGAAGACUUUUUGCAAAAAUUACUUGCGAAACCUACACUACGUAGCAGUGAAUUAUUGUAUAUUUUUCUUACAGUACCUAAUUUUAAACCUUAUAUUAGUAAUUACACGACACCGGAUAUCGGGGUUCUGUAUCAAAGUGUAGCUCAUAAAUUACGUAAAGAAAAGGGACAAAAUCUUGAUAAAUUUAUGAAUGUAUUUUUAGCUUCAACUAACGUUGAAAGUGAGCAUAUUAAUUUAGGCGUUGAUCCAAUAAAUGAUAGUAAUUUUGUUGAGUCAACUAAGAAAGGAAAAGAUUUGUUAUCAGGUCCUUUUAAUAAUAAUUUGAAUAUUAAUGAUAUCGAUCAUCAGAAUUUACCGUUCAUUGAACCUAAAAAGCAACAUGUUAAAGGUGCUUGUUAUUGUGUUGCUGAAGCAGUGGAUAGUUUACUGAAUGCUCCACCAACGAUAUCAACAUUUAUUUGGCUGGCAGCAUCAUUGUCUCGUUUAAAUUUGGAUCCAAUUUGUAAUAAAUAUUUAGAUAAAACAUUGACUAAAUUACUGAGCGGUGGACGGGCGGCGAUGGUAAUUAAAUUAUUGCACAAUGUUAUGUUUGGAUCUAAACCGACGAGAAAUAAUGUAUCCACGGUGAGCCAUGAAGAUGAAAAAUAUUCAAGCGCUAAAGAAGGCCUGUAUAAUUUAUUACCCAAGUGGCUUCUUUAUUUACGUAAUGACUAUUGGUGUAAACUCAUGGACUCUCUUUUGGAUCCGCUGCAAAAUGCUCCGCUGAAUAAACAUCUCGUUUACUUUUUGAUUGAUCACAUUGUUCUCACACUUUUUCCAGAAUUAUCUCUCUGAGAUUUUAAUUGUUAAGUUUUAAAAGCAAUAUUUAUUUUUACAUUCCAAAUAUUUAAUUGUACAUACCGCUCAAUUGUAAAUAAAUCGCUGUAGCACAGCGUAUUUUAUUUUUAUUUUUUUUAAAUAUAAUUUAUCGUAAUUUUUUAAUAAUUAUAUAUACAUAACUCUCAUGGUGAUAAAUAAAUGCAACUAAA